AUCCCUGCCGGCUGCGCCCGUCUCCCUCCCCGCCUGCAGCGCUGCAUCUCCGGCGGAGAACAAGGUGCUCCGGGGCGGCGGCGUCCUCCUCCUCCUCCUGGUCCUCCGCCUCCUCCUCCUCUUUCCUCCACUUUCCUGCUAAUCUCAAUGAUCACAAGCCGGACUGAGCUUUAACAAUCCGGACCUGACAGGGCAGGUUUGUAAUUCAUUCCUAUGACAACGGAAAGGGAUUGGGCUGAGGACAUGAAGACGGCGAUGGAGUGUGACGCCAGAAGAGCCAAUCAGGGUUCAGACGACCACGGGGAGCUGGAUGAUAGCUCAGAGAAGACCCCCAGCAAAGCCUCCAAAUCCCCCCAGAAAACCACCAAGCGGCUCAAGACCGUGCCGGUCAAAGUCACUCUGCUCGACGGCUCAGACUACGAUACUGGAGUUGAGAAACUCGCCAAGGGCCAAACCCUGCUGGACAUGGUGUGUGGCCAUCUGAACCUGCUGGAGAGGGACUACUUUGGCCUGAGUUUCCUGGACACGGAUAACACCAAGAACUGGCUGGAUCCUUCCAAAGAGAUUAAGAAGCAAAUUCGGGUUGGUUCCUGGAAUUUUGGGUUUUCUGUCAAGUUUUACCCUCCAGACCCGUCUGUACUCAUCGAAGACAUCACCAGGUACUAUUUGUGCCUGCAGCUGAGGGACGACAUCCUGUCCGGUCGUCUCCCCUGCUCAUUCGUCACUCAUGCCCUUCUGGGCUCCUACACCGUCCAGGCUGAACUGGGAGACUACGACCCAGAGGAACAUGGCCCAGACUAUGUCAAUGAAUUUCAUUUUGCUCCCAGCCAGACGCGAGAGCUGGAGGAGAGAGUUAUGGAGCUACAUCGUAAUUACAGAGGGAUGAGUCCAGCAGAAGCAGAGAUGAACUUUCUUGAAAAUGCAAAAAAGCUCUCCAUGUAUGGCGUUGACUUGCAUCACGCUAAGGAUUCAGAAGGAAUAGACAUAAUGCUCGGUGUGAGUGCCAAUGGACUGCUCAUCUACCGCGACCGCCUCAGGAUCAAUCGCUUUGCAUGGCCCAAAAUCCUCAAGAUCUCUUAUAAAAGAAGUAACUUCUACAUCAAGAUCCGUCCCGGAGAGUACGAACAGUUCGAGAGCACCAUAGGCUUCAAGCUGCCCAACCAUCGGGCCUCGAAGCGUUUGUGGAAGGUCUGCAUUGAGCACCACACCUUCUUCAGGUUGGUUUCCCCGGAGCCGCCUCCCAAGGGCUUCCUGGUGAUCGGCUCCAAGUUCCGCUACAGUGGACGGACGCAGGCGCAGACCAGACAGGCCAGCGCGCUGAUCGACAGGCCGGCCCCACAGUUCGAUCGCUCCGUUAGCAAGCGGUACCUGCUGCCUCGAAGCAUAGAUGGAGCUUCAGCUCUUGGUGAUAGUAUGGACCAGCUGUCACAGAGGAGCUCCAGUGAUCGCACGCAGUUCAUGUCGAGAGAAGAUCUGGACCAGGAGGGCAGCUUAGACCUGGAGCACGAUCAGUAUUCCUACCAGGACAAGGACCAUGACCUGUAUGGCGAUCAGGAUGAGGAGCAUUACGAAGGACAAGAUCAGAGGAAGACAAUUUCAACGCCCAUCAGGACCUUGGAGCUCAAGGGUGAGGAGGCAGGCUCGCCUCUAGACUCAAAGCCAGAGGAUCUGGUCCCUCUUCGGCCCAAACAGGAGCAGUUCUUGGACAAGCCAGAGGAUGUUUUACAAAAGCAUCAGGCCAGCAUCAACGAACUGAAGAGAGCUCUGAAGCAGCCGAACAGCAAGAUGUCCCAGCGGGAGAGACGCGUCUCCUCCACCACUCCUCCUGGAGGGACCCCUGAACGUAGAACUGCAACCAGUGGUGCCAAAUUCAUAGACAAGCAAGAUGCUUAUGAGGGAACAAUGGAGUCUUGCUCUAAAGCAGAAAAGAGUAAGCCCUCUUCUGUGGGCACGGACGCCUUUGCAGCGACAUCUUGGACUGAAGGAGUUCUGAACAAUGGCCGCGCAUCCUGGGAAUCUUCAAAAGCUGUAAUUACAGCAGCGGGACGGAGGGACAUGAACGAGACUGAUAACACAGCCGCUACUAAUGGCCAUCUUGAUCCUGUAUUAGCGAGGAACGUUUUCAAUGAAAAGGGGUAUGGCUUUCCACCUGACACACGGACGAGUACAAUAAACAAAGACAUCAAGAACUAUCAGUAUCAGCAGAGACCCAAGAACUUGGACUCUCAAGGUGGGGACUUUUACUCUAAGGGUGGCGGGGCUAAAGGUGAGAGCAGUACAAGGCAUUCAGACACUCGGAAAAUGAAAGACCCGGGCCCCAUGGGAGAUACAGAUUGCAAAAAAAGUGCUUACUCUCAUUCAGAAGUCACUAAAAUAGUCCCUCUUAAGCCGCAGAGAUCAAAGAAGUCCCUGAAUAAAGAGGACAAAGAUGUUGUAAAUGCUCGGAGUCAGAGCCAGUCUGAUGGUGAGGCCGGGGAGGCGCGGAUGACGAAACCGUCCUGCGAGUCGGGAGGCCGAUGGGACGACAGUUCUGUACCUCAGUCUUCAGCGUGGCAUCAGGAGCAAACGCAACUUCGUCAGCAGACUCAUGAGUCAUUUCCGCAGCAGGAGCUCAGAGACGGCAGGGACCAGUGGACGAGAGGCGGCGUGCCGCACGAAGAUCAUUUCCAGAACGUCUCGGAGUUCGGCUCUAAAUUUUCCACAGCACCCCCUCGCAGUCUUCCUCUGAAAACCCACUGGUCCCGGGACCGAGCGGGCAACACGGACAGCAGCCACAUCCACUACAGGACCCCCAUCCAAGAAACAGCCAAGAGGAAGCAAGCGGAAACACCUCCCACACCUGCGAUUCACGAGGAGCCUCUCAGUGAAGCCUCGAGGGACCUGUGGGAGAGACGUCUCGGCUCGGUGUCCGAGGACGACCAGGAUCAUGACAUCCUGUACCCGAGGGAAACCCACCUGGGCAUCGAGCGCAAAUGCUCCAGCAUCACAGUCAGUUCUACGUCCAGCCUGGAGGCCGAAGUGGAUUUCACUGUCCUCACAGACCUGCAGACGGGCAUGGAGGAGUUCUCCAGGGGUAUGACCGAGCUGGGAGAGAGGGAGUUGUCACCCGACCGGGGACUGUGCAUGGGGAUCGACCUGCUCCAGCAGGAGGGCCCGUCUGAACCCCCUCCACCCCCCAUGCCGGCCCCUCUGUGCAGAGGAGCCAGCGGCAGCCCGCCGGCCAAACCCGUGCAGCCGGAAGAAGUUCGACCGGAGGUCAAGCGGCCUGAAGGCCAGCCUGUCGUUCCCAAAAAACCAAAGAGGUCCGUGCCGGUGUCGUCGUCGGUGGACAGAGAUCGGUCGCACAGAGACGGCGGUCGCGUCUCCGCCGCCGCGCCGCUGAGCAGGGAGGCCAGCGACCUCAUGCCCACGCCGGCCGUCAGGAAAACCGAUGUGAGGACGGAGACUCAGCCCAACGGGUCAGAGGUCACCACCACCAUCGUGGAGUUCACAGAUCAGGAUCACGGCAUCACUGGCCUAAGUGAGAUUUCUUACUCCACAAGACAGAGUGUAUCCCCUGUGCACAAAAGCGGCUUCGGAAGAGAGACGUCAGGGUCGCCUAUCCUUGUUACCGAAAACGUUACCUCAGCAACCACGCAUGUCUCCAAGACGGUGAAAGGAGGAUACUCUGAGACGAGGAUCGAGAAGAGGAUCAUAAUCACAGGGGAUGAUGAUGUAGACCAGGAGCAGGCUCUGGCUAUUGCAAUACAGGAAGCCAAGCAGCAGCAUCCAGACAUGCAGGUGACCAAGGCAGUUGUCGUCAGGGAAACGGAAUCAGCCUCCGAGGAUCGACACGGUGCAUCAUAGUGCUACUUUCCUGAGAUGAGAGUGCCCCCCUUUGGACCAGAAGCGUCAGUACCUGACCUGAAAUUGCCACCAACCAUCCCGACUGAUAAAAUGACUGCCAGCAGCGCUGUAAUGGAGCCUCUUGUACACGUUCAUGCUGAAAGGGGGUCUCCUUUCCAAUUCUUCUGUCUUGUUUUUAUCCAAGCAUUCCUGUAGUGAAAACGUACAUACUCUCUGGAGCGGUUUUACAGUGAAGCUGCAAAAAAAAACAAAAAACAAACUGUGCUGAUAAUACGCCACCUGAAAUCCAAACCCUUAAUUAGAGACAUAAUCCAAAUAAAUUUCCUGCAAACCUCUCAGGGCCUUUAUUUUUAAGUCAAUAGCUGAAUAUUCGUCAAAGGUCAAAGGGAAUUUGUUUAGAUGCACUUAUUUACGGUGGAAUAAUUCAAGGUCACAUCUGGUGAUGGCACCCAUCCCAUUUAGAGGGUAGGUCUAAGAAAAUGAGCCUCUUUUCUUUUCAUAUUCCCAAUGAUGGAAAAAUAACUACUGGGAAACUUUCUGUGUGUGUGCUGAUGAGGGAGGUAAUCUGUUACAUGUAGCUGCAGUGAAGUUGGGUUUAUUGAGAGCUGAAGCAAUCCCCUGUUGAGUUUCCACUCCUGCAUACAGGAUGAAAUGUAAGGAAAAAAAAAAGAGCUUUGUCCUCUCCCAUCACUCUGAAGGAUGAGUGUGUGCUGAUUAGAGGGGACUGCGGUCCUCCGGAGGUGUUUUCUCCAGCUCGUCUGGUGAUUAUACGUCCCUCUCUCUCUCUCUCACAUUUAAUCUUCAGUCUGGCGCGUCUCACCUUCAUGUGUGGGCGGCGAGGAUCUGCAUAUACCGUAGGUGACUUUAGGAGCCGUUUAAUACCCGAUGUACCCGUUGUAAUCUUACAAAAUACCAGCAAUGUAGUUUCGGAGCACGCUGAUGUUUCCGAAUGGGCCCAGGUUCUCUUUGGCUCCCCGCCUUCAGGCUUUCGGAGAGUUUGUUUAAUAAAUAUAUAGAGCAAACUUAGACUCCAGUCGCAUUAGGAAAAGUAGUAUUUGAGGUUACAUUUGCAUGGUAGAUUCUUGCAUCACUGGAUUAUAAGAGUACAGUAGAUGUUUACGGAAGAAGGAUGAAACACCCGGACAAAAAGGCUCAAUAGUUCAGUGUAACUUGGAAGAUGAGGAUUGAAGAUUCAAACUUUGAGGAACCCCAAACACGCAGUGGCAGCACAGUUGUUAGUUAAUUUCAUUAAAACCCUUUCCGUCUCAUUCUGGCCACUGGUGCUGAACAAUAUUCAACAUAUCAGUUCACUUUUUAUUGAAUUUUCAACUGAAUGAAAAGUAAAGCAGCCGUAAAGUAAAGCAACAUUGUUUUUUUUCUUCUUUUAACUGUCUGUUUUUCCUGCAGUUUAAUUUACAGCUAAUUGUCCUUUUCUCAAGCUAGUCUGCUGAAGUAGUAAUAGCAUCAGAGCUGUUUCAACACGUCAUGCGAAAUGCAGUGUUACAAAAAAAGAAGAAAAUACAAGAAACAUCUUUGAAGUUUUAGCUGUGUGGGAUUUAGUCUUUAAAUGUUAGAGGGAAGCCAUAGACGUCUUAUGUGGCAAUUAAGGUUGCAGUCCAAUUUUACAAACACUGGUUUUGUAUGGAAUAUAUUUAUAUGAACAAGCUACUUUUAAUUACAGUAGUGCCAGAGUGAAAUGCAUGAACUUGGCAUGACGAGGUUUCCCUUUGAGUUUGCUACCUUUAACAAAUAAAAGGGUCAGUUCUGUCUCUUUGCAAAAGUCAUAUAUGCAGCGGGUCAGCUGUGGCCCCUCAAACAAAUCUUUUAGGAAGUGCUCCAGCAAAACGAUGGGCCGUCCCCAACAUCCCAGUGCAAGAUGCACCAACGGUAUCUUUCGUCCAGACGCUGACCGGUCAGAGCUCUUUGGGAAAAGAAGAACAGCCUGCUCAAUAUUAAGCCAGUGGUUAUGAUGUAGCUAUGAAGUCUACACACCCUUAUUUAGUUGAGGGUUUUUUUAUGUAAAGACAGAAAUAAAACCAACAUAAAUGUCAGACUUGUUACAUCUUCAAAGCAAUAUUCCAACUAGAAAUCUGGAUAAACUCUUCCACGGCUCGAUUUCUUUAAUCUCGAAACCCCUCCCAACAAAUCCUUAGUGCAAGCCUCUUUUCCCUGUUUCACAGCAUUGUGGCUUUAUGAAUAAGUCUCCCAUUAACUUCACACAUCUAGACUUGAUCUAUGUCCCACUUUUCUUUUUCAAAAGAAUUCAAGCUCCUUCAGACUGCAAGAGGAGUCUGAGGACUGGAAUCUGACCGGGCCAUUCCAGGACGUUUUCUUUCCUCGUCUUGGCUGAUUCGCAUGUGUGCAUUGGGUUAUCGAUCUCUUGGAAUGUGAAAUUCCUCUAAAUUUUCAGCUUUUUGUGCCAAAAUGUCUUGACAUUUGGAGUGUCAUCUCCCUUGACAAGUACCCUGGUCCAGCAGAAGAGAAGAUCCUCUCACACAGCUUUCAGACUCAAGGCCAACGAGCUCCACCUUUGUCCCGUUAGACAUGACACAAAUUCCCACAUGGGUUUGGGGUUACUGAAGGAAUGGUUUUGGCUUUAUUCAGACUUCCCACAGCCUUGACUUGCACAGAAUGCAGGAGAUGACAGUCACAUGCAAGCAGGGAUCAGGACCUACAAGAAAUUCCUGUAGUUUUACUGUUGGCCUCUUGGUGGCGCCCCUGAUAUGUUUUUUCCUUGUCAUAAUGUUCGCCACAUCUUUCUACUUUAUUUUUGGCCGUUGAUAUUUUCCUGGCUUCUCCUGCUCCUUGUUGAUGCUGCUUGGGCCUUGCUGCAACUACCACCUCUGCUUUCUUCUGGAGUUUGUUGACCACCGCCACGUCUGGUUGCUAAAUCACCUGUUAAUCAGUUUGGAUUUGGAAAUCUCAAAGGAUAUUUGCUCUUUGAUUGUCUAACAUCACCCUUGGAGGUAUCUAUUUUGACUUUGAACUUCCGAUCCCUACUUGACACAGAUGUUCCUGUACACUACUCCAGGUUGAUGAUUAUGGCGUUCCACGUAUGCCGUGCCUGCACCUUACACCUGGAUCAUCUCAGGGGCAUCUUUGCACAGUCUUCUUGAUCUCUUGUGCUCAAGGUCUGUUCUUGUGCUGCUAUGAAGAGUGCCUCGGAGUCAUCUUCAGACGUUUCUAGCCACUGCUAGGACUUCUUAAUAUCAGCCAGUGGCUGAUAUGGUGCAGGGUUUCUCCUUUCUGCUGCCUCAGCAGUAUAUCAUUGAGGGACGUCUUGGCUGUGAAUUGUCCGCUGGGGUUGUCUUCCACAGUCCUCUUGGGUUAUUGAUGAAGACUCAUAAUGUCCUGUCGAUGUUGUGCAGCUCUGAACAUUCCAGUAUGGACGUGUGUACGUCAUCAUCCUGGCUCCCUUCUGCCAUGGCAUCAUUAUCGUACCUCACCGAUACCCAACAGUGUUUAAAAACGUCCAAUUAGACACUGGAACACCGAGUCCAAACACACAUCUCCGUGCAAUCUUAGAUGUUGGGCUUUGAAGUACGAAUAGGUCCCAGACUCACACACACACUCAAACAUUUAUCUACAUAUCUAUUGGAAAAUAAAAUAUGACUUUUGCAAAGUCACUUUUAUAUAUAUAAAUAUAGACACACAUGCAUUAAUAAGUACUUGCAGCAAAAAUAAAACCAUUCAAUUGAUUAAAAACAAUGUUAGAACCAGUCAUGUCAGGUUUAUGAGGGUAACACAGUUACAGCUUUGGCCUUUUCUCGUGUUCACUUGUGUCGUGUUUCAGGUUUUGAUUCCAGAUCCUUUAAAGUGAUGGUUACUCAUGGUGUGUGGGUGUCAUUGGGAGGUAGGCUGAAAAAAAAGAAGCAGAAAUGCACUCCUUGUACUGUUUAUUUGGUGCCGUUUGGUGGAUUGUAAAGAUGUGAAGUAGUUAAUGGCCAUGGGCUUGAUGUACACCAGGGGGCACCAGUUACCUAAAAGAAGUGAGCUUUGCAUCAUCAAACAUACGCAGCAGACGAAAUCCUUUUCACCGCUCUCUCAUUUGCUGGCAAAGUUGUCCAAAUCUUCCUCGGUUCACCCCGUAAGGACAAAUUCAUCCUCCUGCAUCCAGAAAAGGCUCAUUCAUGACAAAUAAGAAGCGGGGCUGUAAUCACAGGCACUUGACUCAGACGCCUUGUCAAAGUGUGACAGAAUGACCUGUGGUUGACCCUGAAACCUCUCAGCCUCCACUUCAUCUUUUCUGCUCUACUGCUCUCCAUUGCUUGGUACUGUGUCCUUGCUGUACAUUGUACUUGCAUUCUUUCAAAAAUCAAUAAAGAAUAGGA